GCUCACGUGAUCCCGCUUAGGGAGAGAAAGCCUGACCCGGCCGGCCUGCGCACCCCGGAUAUCUGUCCUCGGCUGUCGGUCCCCGCGGAGCGCGGCGGCCAUGCGGCUCUUGUCCGCAGCCGGUCCCCGGCCGGGCCGUCCCCGCCGCCUGCCCUCGCUGCUGCCGCUGCUGCUGCUGGGCGGCUGCGUGGGGCUCGUGGGGGCGGCUCGCAGGCCCAACGUGCUGCUGCUGCUCACCGACGACCAGGACGCGGAGCUCGGCGGCAUGACACCGCUGAAGAAAACCAAGGCCCUCAUUGGAGAGAAGGGGAUGACUUUCUCAAGCGCUUAUGUGCCAAGUGCUCUUUGCUGCCCCAGCAGAGCCAGCAUCCUGACUGGAAAGUACCCACACAACCAUCACGUGGUGAACAACACCCUCGAGGGGAACUGCAGUAGCAAGUCCUGGCAGAAGAUCCAAGAGCCGAGCACCUUCCCAGCGAUCCUCAGAUCAGUGUGCGGCUAUCAGACCUUUUUUGCUGGGAAGUAUUUAAAUGAGUACGGAGCCGCAGAUGCAGGAGGGCUGGAGCAUGUUCCUCUGGGCUGGAGUUACUGGUAUGCCUUGGAAAAGAAUUCUAAAUACUAUAACUACACCCUCUCUAUCAACGGGAAGGCACGAAAGCAUGGUGAGAACUACAGUGUCGACUACCUGACAGAUGUUCUGGCCAAUCUCUCCCUGGACUUCCUGGACUACAAGUCCAACUCUGAGCCAUUCUUCAUGAUGAUCUCCACUCCAGCGCCCCAUUCACCCUGGACAGCUGCUCCUCAGUACCAGAAGGCUUUCCAGAAUGUCAUGGCACCAAGAAGCAAGAACUUCAACAUUCAUGGAGCGAACAAGCACUGGCUAAUUAGGCAAGCCAAGACCCCGAUGACGAACUCUUCAAUACAGUUCUUAGAUGAUGCGUUCAGAAGGAGGUGGCAAACUCUGCUCUCAGUUGAUGACCUUGUGGAGAAACUGGUGAAGAGAUUGGACCUCACUGGUGAGCUGGACAACACGUACAUCUUCUAUACCUCAGACAACGGCUACCAUACAGGGCAGUUCUCUUUGCCAAUAGACAAAAGACAACUGUAUGAGUUUGAUAUCAAAGUUCCACUGUUGGUUCGAGGGCCCGGGAUCAAACCAAACCAGACAAGCAAGAUGCUGGUCUCCAAUAUUGACUUGGGCCCCACGAUCCUGGACCUAGCUGGCUAUGACCUGAAUAAGACCCAGAUGGAUGGGAUGUCCCUGCUGCCCAUUCUGAAAGGGGCCAGUAACUUGACCUGGAGGUCAGAUGUCCUGGUGGAAUAUCAAGGAGAAGGCCGUAAUGUCACCGACCCGACCUGUCCUUCCUUGAGUCCUGGCGUGUCUCAAUGUUUCCCAGACUGUGUGUGUGAGGACGCUUACAACAACACCUAUGCCUGCGUGAGGACGCUGUCGUCUCAGUGGAACCUACAGUACUGCGAGUUCGAUGACCAGGAGGUAUUCGUAGAAGUCUACAAUAUAACUGCAGAUCCAGACCAAAUCACCAACAUUGCUAAAAGUAUAGACCCAGAACUCCUGGGGAAGAUGAACUAUCGGUUGAUGAUGCUCCAGUCCUGUUCGGGACCAACCUGUAGAACUCCAGGGGUUUUUGACCCUGGAUACAGGUUUGACCUGCGGCUCAUGUUCAGCAAUCACGGCAGCAUCAGAACAAGAAGGUUUUCAAAGCAUCCUCUGUAGUGGUGGCCGUGCCCUGUUUCUGCAGUUGGAGCCUCACACUCUUUUCUGGUGAAGCGGUUGUAGCAGGAGCCCAUGCCUGGGAGAGCUCUGGCCUGGCUGUUUCAAGUCCUGUGUGAAAAAUAACCCACUCGGCUGACUUCCAGUACUGUGAAUCUGCCCCCGUGUUAGAGGCGGCCGAGCCUGCCUCUUCCCUCAGAGAAACUCCUGAGGUCUGUCCUCUCCAUGUCCCUUCAUCUUGGGUGGGCACAGUGUGUGAUGAGCCCCACGUGGUCACGUCCGAAUUUGUGGAACUGUCCAGAUAAAUGGCAAUACUCUAGGGCAGAGAGAUUAAGCCUUUCGGUAGGUAGCUAGCCCCCAAAUCAAACGUCCUGCAUAGCAUUUCAGACCGAGCCUCUCACUGUCAAAAACACAUCCAGCCCUGAGGUGAGCUGUUGGUUGUGGAGAUAAAUGAUGUCGGUGACAUCUAGCCUGGUGUGGUAAGCGUGCAGGUUGUCACCGAAGCUCUGCUCUAGUUUUCUGGGCUCCAGGCUGCUGCCCUGCUGAUAAGAGCUGUGAGUUCCUAUAAGCUCUGGAAGCCCAGCUUUCCAAUGGCUCCAACCACGGAGAGCACUCAGAAGCGCUGGGGCAGAGGGACCACCAAGGGGAGGGCUAGGUGCAUGUGAUCCAUGAGCCAGCAGGUUGACGAGCUAGCUACACUUCAAAGGCCUGUCUGCAGGGAUCUCGACUGUCACAAGCGAGGUCAUCCUGACUGGCUGCAGCUAGCUGCCAUUCUCAUCCACAUAUCACAGUGUCUCUCAGCUGCUGGGAAGGCCAGGACUUCAUCCCACCUCCCCCGACCCCUCUUUCAUGUAAGCUCUUGAGCCCCCAGAGUCUUGAAUAACUAGGGUUCCAGUCAGUGUUCCCCUGGCCAAGGUUCCUCGAUGCCCACAACUCCAUUCUGUUCCUCAGCUGAAAGGCCAGCCCCACUCUGACGUCUCCACAGCGGGCCGAGUGCUGCGGCCAGGACAGCAGAGAAGGGAGAUCUGUGGUUUUAACCUGUUGUGCUUAGGAAGUGACCUUAGCUUUACUUGGCCUCUGGCCAGCUUUAAGCGCCUGUGAGACAGCUAGAAGUCACUUUAGAAUUCCAGAGGCCAUGUUGGGGUGAUAGCCGUUGAGUUUAUCCUUUACCUCAUGUGACCAAGUGGAAUGGACACCUCUGCUUUAGAGGGGAAAAAGUUUUAAACUAAAAGUUACAAAAUUGAGUAUGGGUACUGGCUUCCUUCGCUCCACUUGGAUUCUAAACCUCAUCAGUCUACGCUAGCGAAGUUGACCGUAGUUGUUCCUAAAUAAAAGUGACCAGCUCCUCCCAGGCCUCGGAUGUGAUGUCAUGUUCUUCGGUUCUGGGGCCGGCCCCUGCGAGCAGGCGAGGUCAGUGGCCGCUGCCUUGCUGUUUCUACCUUGCUGCUCUUACGUGCAGGCGCUGGGGGUGAGACCCUCACCUCACCGUAACAGGCGGCAGGCAGCGUGCGCGGCUUCCCACCUACCAGACCUGCACCGAAACAGGCUGGCCUCAUUCCUUGUACUCACGUGAAUGUUGGCAUCUCCUUUGAAGGGUGGGUCCAUGUUUGCGGGUGCUCUUCAAGAUAGAGAACCACUAAAAUGCAGGAAUUUUGCCUUAUAAGAUUUCCAGUUUUAAAACUUCCUCAGACACCAUCUCAAAGUAGGGUGUACAUUUAGAGUGUCUGAGUUCAGCAAAUUGUACUGUUGGAAACACCUUCUGAAUUGUCAGCGCUGGGGUGUUGUAUAAAGUAAUAGUUGCUGUGGAAGUUACACCUUCAUCUGUGGGAAAUAUUCUUAAACUUAAUAUCCACGGACAAUGCUUUUUCUUUUUUAAUGAAAGAAGAUGGCCCAGUAUCCUCAAGAGAGCAGAGGGUGUCAGCUGCUCAGCACUGGGGUGGUGGGUGCCUGGGGUUCUCUGGUUCACCAGCACUUUGUGCUCAAUGGACUGUAAGCUUACUAGCAUCCCUGUUGCAGACGGUUCGCCGCCCUGGCUCUGUCACCUCUCACUUAGAAAGUGCCCUUCUAAGGCCCCUGUUCACUGCUGCACUUUUCGAUGGAUUAAAACUUAUUUCUGUUCUAGUGAGAA